AUGUCGUCCGACAAAAGCACAGACCUCUCUGUGCCUGUCGAAUCAUCGGCCAAUGAAGUCGACCAGGAGCAUGAACUACCCGCCUACUCUUCGGGACGACUUGUUGCCGUCGUACUUCUCUGCACGAGUGUCAUGAUUCUCAACAUAAUGAGCGUCCAAGCAAUGACAUUGGCGCUCCCCACAGUCCAGCGAGAGCUCAACAUCGAGCAACAUACACUCCAAUGGGUCGUCACAUGCUAUUCGCUCACGUUCAGCUGCUUCCUCCUCUUGUUCGGCCGAUUAGCAGAUCUGUACGGCCCACGGCUUGUGUUCGUGCUAGGAAGCAUCAUGUUCGCCGUCUGGUCACUCGCUUGCGGUUUCGCGCAGACAUACAUCCAGCUCUUUUUCUUUCGCGCCUUUCAAGGCAUCGGUGCCGCUGCGACCGUCCCUGCAGGCCUGGCCAUCCUCGGCCGAACCUUCAAGCCCGGUCCCGGCAAGUCUGCAGCUUUCGCAACGUUCUCAUGCGGCGCACCUGUCGGGGCAAGCCUUGGUCUCGUCUUUGGAGGUGUCCUGACGACCUACACAAAACCAACAUGGCGGACUUGGCUCUAUGUCGGCGGCGCAUUGUCCUUUGCUGUUGCUGGCUUUGCGCCCUUUGUCAUACCUUCAGACAAACUGCUCGUCGUACGCACGAAAGACAGAUCGGUCGACUGGCUUGGAGCAUGGCUCGCAACUUCGGGUCUCGUGCUCCUGACAUUUUCUCUCGCCGAUGGAUCUGGCGCACCGAACGGGUGGCGGACGCCUUACAUCCCCACACUGUUCUCGCUUUCUAUCGUUCUGUUGGUCGCCUUCUGGUUCUGGCAAAGGUAUCUGGAGUACAGUCCGAAUUCGACAAUGACGCCCCUCAUGCGAGUCUCGCUAUGGAAAAGAGGCCGCUUCGCAGUCGUCAUGCUCAUCUCUUUCCUGGCCUACGCUUGCUUCUCGUCCUACAGCUACUUUGCCACUCUCUUCUACCAAGACUACAUCGGCUUGUCUGCUGUCCUCACGACGGUACGGUUCCUUCCAAUGUCAAUCACCGGCGUCCUCAUCAAUUUCACCGUAGCCAUCGUCGUCGCUUAUGUGCCUGCCCAGUAUCUCAUCAUGCUCGGAUGUCUGGGUACUGCAAUCGCGCCCAUGCUGUUCGCCUUGCAGAAGAUCGGAGACCCCUAUUGGCAAUGGCAAUUCCCCGCGAUGAUCCUGACCGUCUUUGGCGCAGAUCUCAUCUUCGCAUGUGGCACCAUCUAUGCAAGCAAGGUCGCAGAUGCUCGCGAUCAGGGCCUAGCGGGCGGCAUAAUUAAUACGGUUCUCCAAGUUGCUACCGGCACUGCUAUUGCCAUCUUCACCAUCAUCCAAGAUGAGACACAAUCUCGUGAUGCUCGCAGACAAGGUGUCAUCGUUGAUCAAGACCAGACCAAUCUGCCGGCAUCGUCGCUUCUGGUCGGCCUGCGAGCAGCUUUCUGGGGAUGCGCUGCGUUCUCGUUCGCCGGCUUUGCCCUCUCUGCAAUCUUCCUACGUAGUAUCGGCACUGUUGGCGAAAAGUCGACGGUCAAGGCUAUAGCGUCCGACGAAGAAAGCGCGACGAGUAGCAAGCAGCAGACAGGAAGCAAUUCUCACGACGACAAGCCUAGUAAUGAAGCGCAGCUACACAAAGAGGAUCAAGCUGCAGCUGUAGACGAGAAGGCGACGUUAUAG